AGCCACUUACACUUAUGCUCUGACAGAGUAUAAGGGUGAAUCUGCAAUUCAGGAGAAUAGUCAGGGAAGGGUUGUUACUUAUAUAGAUAUUAUCUUUUGGACAUGGUGAAUGCAUUUCAUAUGGGUGAUUGUUUUUAUUUUGAUGGAUUUUAGAUCAAAUCUUUAUGUCCCAAUGGAAAACAGAACUAAUGUUUUAAUUAACUUACUUCAUCCCUGUUUUGAGAUGAAUCUGUUUAGUUACAAACUAACAACUCCUUCUGCUGUGUGUGUAAUAGUGCAAGUUUUCCUAACACUUUUGUCUCUUGUCACAGUAUGCGGAAACCUCCUUGUAAUAAUAUCUAUUUCUUAUUUCAAACAACUCCACACUCCCACCAACACUCUCAUUCAAUCUCUGGCUGUAGCUGACCUGCUGGUUGGUGUUCUUGCUUUUCCAUUAACAAUGUCAUUCUCUUUUACCUCAUGUUUUUAUGACAAUAACAUGUUUUGUAAGAUAAAAAACAGCUUUGAUGUAUUGCUCAGCACAUGCUCUAUUUUGCACAUGUGUUGCAUUUCAGUUGAUAGGUAUUAUGCAGUGUGUCAGCCUUUAACAUAUAGAUCCAAAAUCAGCCUCCAUGUUGUGAUCAUCAUGAUUGUCAUAAGCUGGGGUCUUUCAGUUCUUACUGCAAUUGGUGUUAUUAUUUCUAGAUUAAACACAGAAGAAUGCUUGGAUGCAUGUUUUAUUGACAUUAUCAUGACAAACAUUGUGGGACCUUUGACAUCCUUUUACCUUCCAGUGGUCAUAAUGGUUUGCAUCUACCUGAAGAUAUUUGUUGUUGCACAGAGACAGGCACGGAGCAUCCAAACCAAGAAAAACUCUGGAGCAACUGUCAGUAAGAUGGAGAGAAAAGCCACCAAAACUCUGGCAAUUGUCUUGGGGGCAUUUCUGUUUUGCUGGGCUCCUUUUUUUCUUUCCUUCACGUUAGCACCUUUUUCCAAUAGUUUUGUAAUGGUUUCAGUGAUUGAAUCAACCAGUUGGUUUGCACUGAUCAAUUCAACUCUAAAUCCAUUUAUUUAUGCUUUCUUCUACUCCUGGUUCAGGUCAGCCUUUAAAAUUAUUGUUUCUGGGAAAAUAUUUGUUGGCAACUAUGGUAACUUAAAAUUAAACUAAGGCACAUAUUAA